GGGAAAGGCUAUUAUAUUUAGUUAUGAGAGAGCACCCACCAUAAGCAAAACUGUGUAACAGAGAUGUGAUCAGAUGGCAAAAUGGCUGUUGAGUUGAGUCUCUGCACAACGCAGAAUGUGGCUGUGUAACCUGAUGGAUGGACCUUAAAGGAGCAGGUUAACAUGUAAGGCAUGACACAGUGACUGAUGGUUAACACUUGCAAGAGAACAGCUUGAUCCGGGUGGCAUGAGGAAACUGGACAACAGAAACCCCCCUCCCCCCACCUCAAACCGGAUAUUAGCACAAAUCUCAGAAACCAGAACAGAGACCCAAAGAUGUAAUAUUUAUUACAAAAAGGUAUUGAUUACAAACAAAAGGUUUGGGUUUUUUUCCCCCCAGUCUAGUCUCACACUGUUUUGAGGUCUGAUUUUUGAACCCAGGACUUGGACAAGGCUCCAGGUGAUCCAGCUGGUGCGCCAGAAUUUUAAGUCAGGGGCCUGUGAGGGCUGAGCUGAGCAGCCAGAGCCCGACGGGACCCGCAUGCUCCGGUCUGGAGCUUUACAGCCAGCAGCAAGCGAAGCCUUCGGCCAGGUCCCAGGGGGGCGGCUGGCCGCCAGCGCCUCUCACAGGGCCCAGCAGGGGGCGCCGCGACGGGCUGGAGGCGCCGCUCUUGGAGGGCGGCAGAGGCGUCGGCGUCGCUGGCAGAAGCGGCCGGGUCCGGAAGGUUCCGCUGUUGCCUGGAGACGGCGUGUAAACAGAGGGGAAGCGGCCUGGCUCGCUCUACGCCCGCGGCCAGCAGCAGAGCCAAGAUAGCUUGUGGAAGAGUGAGUUGGAUUAUUUGUGAGCACAUGCUUCAUCAAUAGAAUUGAUAAAUGCAGAAGAUUGAAAAUGUCGUGAAGACAAAAACCAUAAGAAAACAUUUUAGGUCAAGUAUUAAAACUGGAGGCUGUCAUGGAAGAGAUUCCAGUAAAAGUUGCUGUAAGAAUAAGACCACUGCUUUCCAAAGAGAUUCUUCAUAACCAUCAAGUAUGUGUGAGACUGGUCCCGAACACACAGCAAGUUAUCAUUGGGAAAGACCGUGUCUUCACUUUUGAUUUUGUAUUUGGCAAAAAUUCAACCCAAGAAGAAGUUUAUAGAACUUGCAUUAAACCAUUAGUUGUGUCUUUAAUUGAAGGAUAUAAUGCCACAGUUUUUGCUUAUGGACAGACAGGGUCUGGGAAGACAUACACCAUUGGUGGAGGUCAUAUUGCAUCUGUUGCAGAGGAUGAAAAAGGUAUCAUUCCACGUGCUAUACAAGGAAUAUUUCAGAGCAUCUCUGAAAACCAUAAUACCGACUUCAGUGUGAAAGUAUCUUAUAUAGAGGUCUACAAGGAAGAACUUAGAGAUCUGCUAGAGUUGGAGACCUCGAUGAAAGAUUUGCACAUCAGAGAAGAUGAAAAGGGAAACACAGUGAUUGUUGGUGCCAAGGAUUGCCAAGUGGAAAGCGUGGAUGACGUGAUGAGCCUUUUAGAAAGUGGGAAUGCAGCUCGUCACACAGGUACUACUCAAAUGAAUGAGCACUCCAGCCGGUCUCAUGCUAUAUUUACCAUCAGUAUUUGUCAGCAACAACCUGCACAGUCUCUAAAAAAUGUAGAUGCUGCACAAGAUUCAUCUCUUAGAUCAGGCCAGAUCAUUGCUUCUAAGUUCCACUUUGUGGACUUGGCAGGAUCAGAAAGAGUGACAAAAACAGGGAACACUGGUGAACGGUUCAAGGAAUCAAUUCAGAUCAAUUGUGGCUUGUUGGCUUUGGGAAAUGUGAUAAGUGCUCUUGGAGACCCAAAGAGAAAAAGUGUACAUAUCCCAUAUAGGGAUGCUAAAAUUACUCGUAUUCUGAAAGACUCCUUAGGAGGAAAUGCCAAGACUGUCAUGAUAACAUGUAUAAAUCCAUCCUCAUCUGACUUUGAUGAGUCUUUAAAUUCCCUAAAAUAUGCUAACAGAGCCAAGAAUAUUAGAAAUAAACCAGUCGUAAACUAUAACCCUGACCGGGACCGGAUUGAUGAAAUGGAACUUGAAAUCAAAUUGCUCAGGGAAGCUUUGCAGAAUCAGCAGGCUAGUAUAAUGAGCCGUGCUAGCCAGGGAUCACAGGACUUGAAUGAAGAUAGGACUCGAAUUCGUUCUCUUGAAGACCAGCUUUCCAAGCUUCAGAUGGAGUGUUUCAACUACAGAAAUUGCAUAGAGGAAGCUUUUCCCUUCCUACUUGAACUAAAUGACAAUAUCAGCCUAACAAAGAGUCAACAAGACAAGCUGCAGGAUUGGAUCAGCAUAGCACAGGAGCUAAGGAAGACAACUUCAAUCAUGCCACGAACUGAUAGUGGAAUUGGAAGCGACCAAGAGGAGCCACAUCAUAUCACAAUUCUUCAGUUGAAGAGAGAAUUAAAAAAAUGCCAGCAGGCUUUAGCUACAGAUGAACAAGUAUUUGGUCAAAAGGAGCUUGAGAUGAAGGUAUUACAGGAUCAAAUACUGACAUUGAUGCGGGAAAACCAAGAACAUUUAGAAUCUCUAAAAGAGGCGCAAGAAACAAAUACAUUACAGAAUGAGAAAAUGGUGGAACAGCAACUCCUUAUUGAUCAGCUGAAGGAUAAGUCAGAGAAGCUUACUGUGACUUCAACCUCAGUAUCGAUAGGUGCUUGUGGAGAUGGGCCAGCUGUGUUAUCUGCAAGAAGACCAUAUAGUGUGCCACUCACUUAUAGUGUAGUACAUUCCAUUCAUAUGGCUCCAGGACUAGAGUCACGAAAGGUGCACACCAGUCCUCCUACUUACUCAUUGGCCCGAGUAAUGGCUGGAUUUCAAACUCGCAGGCAAAUGAUAUUGGGUCAUAUAGAAGAUCAAGAUGAAGUCCUUCACUGCCAAUUCUCUGAUCAUAGUGAUGAAGAAGAAAGAAACACAGACAACAAAAAUAAAUCAGCAUUUAGGUAUUCCAUAAACCGCACAUGGACACGAAAACAGGCUCUUAUUUGUUCUCCCCUUCAGCUGAAUCAUCCGCAAUUCCAAAUGCACAAGUCCAAUUUACCAAAUGAAACUAUACUGCAGACUGACACUGGCAUAGGUGAAGAGAUUGAAUGCCUCCGUAAGAGUCACAUAAUAAACAUGCAGAAAUUCAAGAAUUCAGAGCUGAGACUCACCGAAGCCAAGCAAAAGAUGAGAGAACUUGCACUUAAUAUAAAAAUGAAGGAGGAACUCGUUAAAGAAUUAGUAAAAACAGGUAAUGAUGCUCAGUCUAUAAGCAGGCAGUAUUCUUUGAAAAUAACUAAACUGGAACAUGAAGGUGAACAGGCCAAAAUGGAAUUAGCUGAAACACAAAAGCAGCUUCAGGAGCUGGAGAACAAGGAGCUAAGAGACCUUGCUGAGAGAGCCAAGUUACAAAAAGAAUUUAGGAAGAAAAUGGAUGCUGCUAAAUUAAAAGUGCAGGUCUUACAGAAGAAGCAGCAGGACACUAAGAAGCUGGCAUCAUUAGCCACCCAGAAUGAGAAACAGGUUACAGAACUUGAACAGACUGUGACUCAUAUGAGGCAUCAGGAGGCCCAGCUACAGAAAAGACUUCAGGAGGAGAGUGAACAAAAGAAAAUUCUUGAGGCAGAGAUUGCACGAGACCAACUGCAAAUCAAAGAACUUCAGUUAAAGACAGAGCAACAGCAGAAAAUUCUCAAACUUAAAAAUGAAGAGAUUGCUGCUUUUAAAAAGAAGAAAAACUUGGCAGGAACUUCACAGCAGUUACAGAAACAGGAAGAGCAAAGGAAAUGGUUAGAUGAAGAACUAGAGAAGGUUCUGCAUCAACGUCGAGAGUUAGCAGAACUGGAAGAAGACUUAAAGAAAAGAGAAGCUAUUAUAAACAAGAAAGAAGCAUUGUUACAAGAGAAGAGCCAUCUGGAAAUCAAGAAACUAAGAUCUAGCCAGGCUUUAAACAAAGAUAGCUUGAAAUUAUCUACCCGCCUGAGUAUGCUGGACAAGGAAUUGUGUGAUAAAAGUGUGCAGCUCCAGACAAGUGCCAGUGAAGAGAAAAGACAGAUUUCAGAAGAAAUUCAGGUUCUUCAGAAAGAAAGGGACCAGUUGCUCAGAAGAAGAAAUAGUGUGGAUGAGAAACUUAAAGAUGGUAGAGUGUUGUCCCCUGAAGAAGAACAUGUACUUUUCCAACUGGAAGAAGGGAUUGAAACUUUGGAGGCUGCCAUUGACUAUAAGAAUGUAAAUAUUCAGAAUCGCCAGCACUCACUUAGAGGAUCAUCUCAAAUCCUUACACAGAGCGAGGCCAAUAUAAUGGGAAAACUAGUUUCUCUAUCUGCUAUUGAGCUUAGAGCUAUUCUCUUCAAAUACUUCAAUAAGGUUGUUAGCCUACGUGAGGCAGAACGUAAAUUACAGCUGCAAACUGCAGAGCUGGAAAUGAGAGUCGUGGAACAGAAAAACAUAGAACGUGAACUGGAAUCAGCACUCGAACACCUCACACUGCAAUGUGACAGGCGAUUGACCCUGCAGCAGAAAGAUCAUGAACAAAAGAUACAGUUGAUAUUGCAUCAUUUCAAAGAACAAGGUGGUGAAAGUACUGCAGAAACCCUUAAACUGUAUGAAGCUAAAAUCCAGCAAUUGGAAAAAGACUUGUUCUUCUAUAAGAAAACCAGCAGAGAAUUAAAGAAGAAACUGAAGGAGCUGGUGGGAGAGUCAUUUCAUCAGCUUGUGGCACCAACUAAAUAUAACGAUGCUGCUAACAGAAUACUGAGCCAAGAUACAGGAGUUUCUUCAGAAGAAUUCAAAUCAGUGUCCAAACUUGAAAGUAACAAACAAUCAGGAAAAUUGAGAGAAACAGACAACCCAGCAAGUGGUUUAAGGUGGUGGCAGAGUUCAUACAAGCUUCAGGAAGAUGUUUCAGAGCUAGCACACAACAGAACUUGUUUGUCAAGUGGUACAGAAGACCAACCAGGACUAGAUGAAGUAUGGCCUUCAAAAUCUCACCCUCAACUAUUCGCUCAUUCUCAGACAAGAGACAUCAUAACACAGCUUCAAGGUGUAACUCCAAUAAAACUCUCUCGCCGAGAACUACGGCAUAUUCCUACAUCCGAACUAUCAUUGAGGCGCUCCAGCCUUGGCGUCGGUGUCAAUUCUGUUGCUGCAGAUUCCAUUGAAAUGUCAGGAAAAAUCUAAUGACUUCAAGAGAUAGUUAUUCUUUGACACAUUUUUAACAACACCAUGAUACUAGAAUUGUUGUAUAACAUUUCCUUUAUUCAUGCACUAGUAAACUAACAGACACAGGUAAAUGAACUUUUUUCUGUAAAUAUUGAUAUUCAUAGAACCACAGAUUUUAGGAGUCUGUUGCACUUAUGCAGUUUCAAAGAAUCUGAGAUACUUUUUAUUGGCACAACCACAAACAGUUGCAUGAUUACAAAGCUUUUUAGUCCUGAGGAAAAAUAAAUAAAUUCUCUAUACUUCUUGUUUUUUCAAAUUGUUCUAAAAGUUCCUGCAUUUUUCAAACGUUAACUUCAGUGAAGACAGAAGACUAUUGAACUAUACAAAAAUAUUUUAAGACAAAGGUAAUUUCAGUUUUAUGGUUUAAAAAUACAUUUAGUAAUUUGCAAAAUAUAUAGUUUGAAGGUUGGCUUCUGGACCUUCACCUAGUAAUUGGCAGUGACUGAAUUCCCAUUACUCAUACUAGCAAUCUUAAAUAAGAUAUGCUUGGUAUGGGAAUCAGGAUCUAAAACUAAGUUUGUUCUUCAGAAGGCAUAUAUAAAUAUUUCCAAUAUUUAUGACUUCAAGUUAUUAUUAUUAUUAUUAUUAUUAUUAUGCAAGUUAUAUUGAGUGAGCCAAACAUGCUGUAAAAAACUGUUUAAAAGUAUUUUUUUCUCUACAUAAACUUUUUUAAAGCUCUGUGAGAAAAAAGUAUUCUGCCUUAUUUUUGAAACUGAUGUAAUUACUUAUUUCACUUUCCUUUUUAUAUUCUUUGUCUGGGCUAUUUUUUUAAAUAAUUGACAUAUCUAGUUUUGAAGUGUGAUGUUUGUGUGCUACUGAAAUAGUAAAUUAUGGGACCAAACAUUCAGCAUCUUAAGGUAAGCCAGUACAGUGUAAUACAUUGUUAUUAUUAAUAAUGGUCCAUAACUUUUCAUUUAGAAAGAAAUAUGAAUCAUUCUUUUAAAAUCCAAAUCUACUUCAGACCAAACAGCACACAGAUCCAUUGGUUUAUAACUAGUUUGUUUCCUUCUGGAUAAUAAGUUGAAUAAUGUUUUGUAAAAGAACAGUGAUCAUUCACAAGAAGCUAGUUAGUUGAACUGAUUUGCAGACAGAGGCCAAAGUUUUCAAAUUUGAAUGUGAAAGGUCAGGCACCUGCAUUUGUAUUUUGGCACCUACGUAAAAGUGACCUGAUUUUCAAAGGUAAUAAGCAUCUCACAGUUAAGUACUUUUGAAAACAGGCCAUUUUUAUGUAGGCAUCUAACUUUAAGCACCCAUAUUUGAAAACAUUGACCUGAAUUAUUUGUUCAGAACUAUUUGCUGCACUUAGCAACAAUAAACCCUUCCAGUUUGAACUGAGAUUAUUUACUGAUAUACUUUAAGGAAUCUUGGAUUAAAGCCUCCAGUUCACAGUACAUGACCCCUGAAAGAAUGAGAACUUAAUUUUCCCUUGCUUCAGGCUAUUAAAGGCCUGUCCACAGAGCAAAUUUUACCAUGUCAAAAGAUUAUGUUGUAACACAAUAGUGCUCUGACUGCCUAAUAACGCAAUUUGUUGAACUUUUCUACAUAGAUUGCACAAAAAUGUAUAUAACGAUAUUGAUGAACCAUUUGGCAGCCCUGUAAAGGUCUAUAUAAUUGUUUCCUUAAAAACUGUAAGCAAUUUGCAUAUUGCUUAUAGAAUUGUAUGGGAAUUUGGGGAAAAAGGGAUGUGGAGGUUUGGGGAAAAGGUUAAAUUAGUUGGUAGUUUUGAUUAGAAUUUUUUACUGUGUUAUAAGUCUAAAUAAUUGAGUCUUUGCUAAUGUUAAAUUUUAUAUUAAUGUAUUUAAUAUUUGUAACUUAGUAUAUGUACCCUAAAGCAAUACAUGGAAAUACAGUAAAUGUAUUACAAAAUUAAAGUCAAUUUUUUACAUCAAAGUACCAGCUGUAAGGAACACAACUGUUAAAGGCACAUACUGAGUCAUUAUCAUAUACCUCAAACUAUCUUGUCUGUUAGCUUUCAUUUAAAUAGAUAUAGAGUGAUUUUGCUUUGUAUUUUACAUAUGGAAAAAAACUUUGUUCAGGUGGGCUCAAAAAGCAGACUAAAAUAUAGGAAAGAAUGAUUCAAGCUCUAGUGUUGCUAGUAGGGAUGUCAGAUAUCAUGUAAUGAAUAGUUGUGUAACUG